CAAACCCAUGGCGAAAGCGGGGCCGUGACGGCUCCUCAUCCUCCUCCUCCUCCUCAUCCCCCUCAUCCUCCUCCUCCUCGUCGGCCGCCAUGGAGCUCAGAGUCGGGAACCGGUACCGGUUGGGCCGGAAGAUCGGCAGCGGUUCCUUCGGAGACAUUUAUCUCGGCACCGACAUUGCUGCCGGGGAGGAGGUGGCCAUCAAACUCGAAUGUGUCAAAACCAAGCACCCCCAGCUCCACAUCGAAAGCAAGAUCUACAAAAUGAUGCAGGGCGGAGUGGGCAUCCCCACCAUCAAGUGGUGCGGGGCCGAAGGGGACUACAACGUCAUGGUGAUGGAGCUGCUGGGCCCCAGCCUGGAAGACCUCUUCAACUUCUGCUCGCGGAAAUUCAGUCUCAAAACCGUCCUGCUUCUUGCCGACCAAAUGAUCAGCCGGAUCGAAUACAUCCACUCCAAGAACUUCAUCCACCGGGACGUGAAGCCGGACAACUUCCUCAUGGGGCUGGGCAAGAAGGGCAACCUGGUGUACAUCAUCGACUUCGGCUUGGCCAAGAAGUACCGGGACGCCCGCACCCACCAACACAUCCCCUACCGCGAAAACAAGAACCUCACGGGCACGGCUCGCUACGCCUCCAUCAACACGCACCUCGGGAUCGAGCAAUCUCGCCGGGAUGAUUUGGAGUCACUGGGCUACGUGCUGAUGUACUUCAACCUGGGCUCCCUCCCCUGGCAGGGCCUGAAGGCCGCCACGAAGAGGCAGAAGUACGAGCGGAUCAGUGAAAAGAAAAUGUCCACGCCCAUUGAAGUUUUGUGUAAAGGCUAUCCCUCCGAGUUCGCCACGUACCUGAAUUUCUGCCGCUCGCUGCGGUUUGACGACAAGCCCGACUAUUCUUACCUGAGGCAGCUGUUCAGGAACCUGUUCCAUCGCCAGGGUUUCUCCUACGACUACGUGUUUGACUGGAACAUGCUCAAGUUUGGAGCCAGCCGGGCAGCCGACGACGCCGAGCGGGAGCGCCGGGAACGAGAGGAGCGGUUGAGACACUCCCGGAACCCGGCCACGCGGGGCCUCCCCUCCACGGCCUCCGGCCGGCUGAGGAGCACGCAAGAAGUGGCACCGCCCACGCCGCUCACCCCUACCUCACACACGGCUAACACCUCUCCCCGGCCUGUCUCCGGGAUGGAGAGGGAGCGUAAAGUCAGCAUGAGGCUGCAUCGGGGGGCCCCCGUCAACAUCUCCUCGUCCGACCUGACGGGCCGACAAGACGCCUCCCGCAUGUCCACCUCACAGAAUAGCAUUCCCUUCGAGCACCACGGCAAGUAGCUGCCCGGCUCCCCGUCGGAAGGCGGCUCUGGAUUCCCGGUCGGGCGGCUUCCAGCGGUCUUCAGUCUGUCGUGCACCGAUGAGAAACCUCCUUCGGGCAGCGAAGGGGCAGAUAAUGCAUGGCUGAUCUACUAUGUUCCCAAUGGCUUUCCUAGCGAACGUCCCCCCAACCCCCCGACCCUGAACAGAAACGUUAACAACCGGGAGCUCUCCGAGCCGCGUCCCCUCCUCCCCGCGACGCUCCCGGGAGCGGGGAAGGAAUCGAAACGAGAACCGGACGGACGCCGAGCGCUGCCGUCAGCGGGGGCCGAGACCUGACGGGCCCCUCCUCGCAAGCGGACUCCCGAGGCACGGCGCGGGGAUGACAGAGGAGAGAAAGAGGGAGAGAGCGAUUUUGAGAGAGAGAGAGAUGGAUAAAGGGUAAAGAAAGCCAACCUCCUGUUGAAGAAUCCUUUCAGUUCUCCGUCUGGUGGUAAACUUCCGCCCCCUCUUUUUAUUACUCUUCUUUAACUCUCCAUCCUUCACUCGGUUCAAGACCGUUUUGUAUCAGUUGGCUGAAGGUCGCCGGCGUAAAAGGAUCCUCUCUUUUUUCUUUCUUUUCCCCCCGUCGUCUGUUCCGUUGGUUGCCUUUUCCUCCGACUUAAAGAUGUCAACUUCGGAGACCUCCCGCAGCCGAGACACUCCCUCACUUGGAGUCGGCGCGUGGCUUUGAGUCAGGCCGUGAGGGUGUACGUGAAUUAAAGUGGUUGGAUUUUAUUUAAGCUGUUUAAUCCCAUUUCGUUUUUUGUACGGUCCAAUUCUGGGGUGGGGGGGGUUUCGCAUCCAAAGUUUUAUAAUAUAUGAAUAAUAUAUAUAUAUAUCUAUAUAUCUAUAGAUGCCUUGUAAUGUCAUUAGUGUGCUUUGUGGCCGUCUCGUCCGUCCACGAUCGAAGCGCCACCCAGGACGGUUGCGAACCCCCGGCCUUCCUCCGGGACGGCCAGUCGAGGCCGGGGGCCGCCGCCGCUGGGCGGGAAACCGAGGCACCGGCUCCUCCCACGGGCGCGGGGGGAAGAGAGACGAGAAGGCGGAAGAUUCGCGUGGAAAGCGAUCGUCCCGAGCUCCUAGGCCCCUCCGCGGGAGACAGCCCCGGAGCGGCGGAUCCGGGGUGGGAGAGUCGGAACUCGGCUUGCCCGGAAGGUUGCCCCCGUCUGACCCCCUUACCGGCCGGGAGAAGGGGGAGCCCCGUUGGAAAGCAUCCCGCCGACUCCCGCCCCUCGUCGUCCCUCCUCAAGAUGACGCCCCCCGCCCCGAUCCAUAACUCUCGCCACGCUCCGAGCCGUAGCCAUACCAAAUCUUUACUCAAACGCAGUAGACGUGAGCCGUUUCCGUCUUGGGAAUCAAGGUGCAAUAUAUAUAUAUAUAGGUAUUUUUAUAUUUCUUUUAAAUCAGCCCCCCGGGGAGCCCGUCCCCCCGGCAUCGGGCAGCCGACACGAAGCCCCCGGCGCGUUUCCGAGAACUGCCAGCAUCGGGCCGCCGAGUCACCGGACUUCCCUCUCCGACGGGCCCGGUCGGUCCGCCGGCUCCGCGUCCGGAGCGCCGAAUGGGUGGGGGGUUUUGCUUCGGGUCCGGGAGGGGGGACCCUUGUCCGUGGCGGGGGGAUGGCGGAGGGAAGAGGCAAGCGCGGCGAUGAGGAAAUGAAUCCGUCCCCUUGUAAACAGCCACGGUUCCGCGACCGGCGAGGCUUUGGUCAGCCCGCUCCGGGCCCGGGACCGGAAAUUCCCAAACGGCCGCCCUUCGCCGGGCGAUCCGGAUGGAGAUUCCGGGGCCCGGGCCCGAUGGUGGACGGAUUCUCUCCCUCCCACGGUAUUUAAUUCCACACCAUCACCUGCAGGAAAAGUAGUGAGAAUGUCUGUCUGAACCUGUGGAUUGGUAACCGUUAUCUCUGAACAGCUCAUUUGUAUUACCACUGUCUUUGUGUACUUUAACAAUUGUGUAAAUAAUAAAAUUCGUAAUGACUUAUACGUUUCUUCCC